UAGAAACAGUUCCCUGAUAGACAGGGGGCAGUAAUCACAGUAAUCACCUCUGGUGCCCGGGGCUGUCUUCUCCAUGGCUUUGAGGAGGGGACUUCCUGUAAGGACUCCAUCUUGUUUGUGUGAGGCUGACAAAGUCAUUUGGGGCCUGCUCUAUUCGUCCUCAGCAGCUUUCCUUGAUCUUCUCUAAACCUCCAGCUCCAGAUCCCACAGGUUCUCUUCAUAAGCAGCCUGUGAGGACAUUGGUGACAGGUCACUGCCUUCAGGCCACACCAUGGGGCAUAAUAACACAGGUAACUCCUUACAAAGAAGAGCAAGAUGCUCGGGUAUUUACCGACGGAGGCAUAACAAUUGGUCUGGGCAUGUCCGUUCUGGCAUUGGUUCUUCCUCCCACCAGCAGCAAGAUGGAGAUCCAGCAACAAAUGACAGUCGCAUGAGCACCCGAGGAAGAUAUGCUCCCUAUGCCAUUCCAUCCUGUCAUUGGAGAGGCAGUUUUCAGAUACAAGACCAAACGCAAGCUAACAUGGAGGGAGAGCAAAAGCGUCCAGAGACAAGAAUGGAGGGGGAGAGGCAGGAUGAGACCUCCAGGAGCUGGUUCAAGAUCACAAUUCCAUUUGGCAUCAGAUAUGAUGAGAAGUGGCUGCUGAAUCUGAUUCAGAAGCAAUGCAGUGUCCCCUUCACCCCAGUGGAAUUUCACUAUGAGAAAAUGCAGGCCCAGUUCUUUGUUGAGAAUGCUGGCAUUGCCUUCGCAUUGAAGAGUGUCAACGGCAAGAUCUGGAAUGAGAAUAAUGAAAUGAUAUCUAUCUUUGUCCACCCCUCUGAUGCACCCCAGUGUGUGCAGAAGGAGCUGAAGCCAGAAAAUGUGGAUCAGAUAAAGGUAAUGCAGACCCAAGACCAGCUGUGAAUCUAUAUCCAGACCCAUAUCUUCUUCCCACACCUAUUGCCUCCAUCCCCCGUCUCUACCUCAGACUCAGAGCCACUGACCCCAUCUCUAACUCUGCAGUUGACCACAAACAAAAGAUAUGUAGUUUCCUAACAAUCUCUUCACAUCCAGAGAGUCCGCUUUGCCCAUGGUAUGUCUACAGAAGUAGUUCUAGGGCAGGUAAGAUCAGAG